AUUUUAAUCCUCUGAAGAAUUUUUUUUUAGGUUAGAAGUAAAUAACUAUAUCAUCCUGGAAAGAGUAAGGGCUACAAGAGUUGUGCGCGUGGAUUUUGACAGUGCUCUCUUCCCUUAUAAUGUCAGUUGGAAAAAUCAGAUCAUUAGUUUUGUUUGGUCCAAGUGGUUGUGGCAAGAGUACACUUAAGAAAAAGUUGAUGAACGAUUAUCCUGCAAAGUUUGGCUUCUCCAUAUCACACACUACAAGACAUCCACGACCUGGGGAGAUAGAUGGAAAAGAUUACCACUUUACUGAUCGCAAUGUGAUGCAGAAGAGUAUUAAUGCUGGUGAAUUUAUUGAGUCAGCAGUUUACAAUCAAAAUCUUUAUGGAACUAGCAAAAAGGCAGUACAAGAUGUUUUGGAUGAAGGCAAAGUUUGCUUGCUGGACAUAGAUAUGCAGGGCGUGAUUAGUUUGAAGAGAGCAGACAUGGAUUGUUAUUAUCUCUUUGUUAAGACACCUACAUUAGAGGAACUGGAAAGACGCCUUCGUGCUCGAGGAACAGAGACAGAAGAUUCGCUUUCAAGGAGACUAGCUACAGCGAGGAAGGAACUAGCUUAUGCUGAAGAGCCUGGCAAUUUUGACAGUGUGAUCAUUAAUGAUGAUCUCGAAAAAGCCUACGUCGAUUUAAAGAAUAGGAUUCACAAGGAUGUUGUUUCCCUCUGGUAGCCUGUCUCGUACUGGAUGGUAACAGCACAGAAUUCAAUUUCCAACUGUAUUAUGAUUAUUCAUUUAAAAUUUCGUCACAAUAGUUGCAUCGUAUUAAAGCAGAGAGUUUUUCUUGGCGCUAAAAACUUAAAGAAUUAGUGAAAGUGAAGAAGUCAGGGUCUUAAUAUACAUAGCUAAAUCAUGUCGGAAUAUUUUUCCCGAAAGAUCUAGAGUUAGGCUAGUAAGCUUGGCUUGUAGUUCUCUCUGAAAAACUUAACGUUAUUGCCUCGUAUCUUUGUUUCUUUAUUUGCUGUAUUUUUAAAUAAAAAACUUUAAGUUUGUCGAA